GACCUGACAGCCAUCGGUGUGACCAAACCUGGCCACAGAAAGAAGAUCUCAACGGAGAUUGGGAAGCUGAGUAUCCCAGAGUGGCUGCCUGAUUACAUUCCUUCGGACCUGGGGGAGUGGCUGAGUGUUAUUGGACUGCCUCAGUACCAGAAGAGAUUGUGCGACAACGGCUAUGACUCUAUCACUAUUGUCAAGGACAUCACCUGGGAGGACCUGCAGGAGAUAGGCAUCACCAAACUAGGUCAUCAGAAGAAGCUCAUGUUGGCAGUGAAGAGACUGUCUGACCUUCAGCGCUCUCGUAACCAUGCUGACAGAACCGGUGGUGGCACUCUCAGACGGAAGCCCCCUGCCGCUCUGGAGCUGGUGGCUAUCGAACACCCUCCAAUGCACAACGUGCAUGCUCACGCACACUCUGAUGCCCCGUCUGACACUUGCUGCUCCUCCCCUCGCACCCCCAGGGCCCUCCUCUCCUUCCAGGACAGCGAGUUGAGCACUGAGCUGCAGAACGCUAUGAUGGGCAGGGCGGGUGGAGGAGCCGCAGAAGCGUUCGGCAUCAGGGGUGUGACCUCCGCAGCAGCCAUGACGGCCAUGUCAGUGAGUCAGGAGAGCAUUAGUAUGCGGUCACGUGGCUCAGGAAAUUCUGGGAAUUCUGGGAACUCUGGGAAUUCUGGGACUUCUGGACAUUCUCAUGAGCACCAGGCAGCACCGUCCUCAGCCAGAACAGCUAGUCGGUCUGAGGAGAGUCUUGAGAGUGGAGGAGGCGGGGAGGCCAAGCGAGGAGGAAGUAGUCCUGGAAGCAGAGGUAGACAGAGACCCACAGAGAUGUGGGAGCACCAGAGUCGGUCUGUGACUCCCAACAAACUCCCCUUCUCACCCCUCACACCUCCGCUAACCCCUAGCAAAAUGCCUCGCUUUGCCUACCCAGCUGUUCCACCCAAGGCCAAACACGUCCAGUCUAACCGCCUCUAUCAGCCCCAGCACCAGCCGUCAUCCUCACCAUCCUCUCCAUCUCCACAGCCUUCCCCCACACAAAAAGCCUUCAGUUACCUCCAGGCUCUGGCAGGAGGCGUCAGAACGGCUCCACAGGGGCUCUCAAAGCCUCUCCCUGGGGCCGUCCCCGUGUUGGGGCCCAGGCCUGGACAGGUCCAAGCUGAAGGCACCCAGAGGGGCCUGCACAAGAAACGCGCCCAAAGCCUAACACGCUACGCCCUGUCCGAUGGCGAGCCAGAUGAAGACGACGACCUCCCUCCAUCUUGCCCCGCUGCUAACUCUGCAGCCAUGCCUUCCUACGCCACAUUGUCCCGCAGGCCAGGACGCGGGCACACCAGCACAACUGGGGCCCAACGGCACAUCAACCGCAGCCAUUCUUUCGCCGUGCGCUCCCGACGCAAGGGCCCACCCCCGCCGCCACCUAAGAGGAUGAGCUCGGUAAGCGUCAGCCCGCCAUGCCAACCAGGAAACUGGAAAGCAGUGGAGCCAGAGGUGAAGGGAGGCGUGGAGAUUGAGAGCGUUGGCAGCGUGAGGAGCAUCGCAGCCAGGCUAGAAGGAAGCAGCAGCAGCAGCAGCAGUCCAUCGAGGAGGAUAGAUAUUCCACCGACCCACAUCCCCGUCUCUCCUGUUUUCAGCCCUGUUUCCUCUCCGAUUCCUUCUCACAUCAUCCUACAGCAACCAAAACCUGUCCCCGCCUUGGGCCUAAGUGGCUUAAGGAGGACAGGAAGUGAGAGGAGAGAAGGAGACGCUGACAGACAAAGGAGCAGAACUACAGAGGGAACUACUGAAGAGGAAGAAAGAGAAAGAACAUGCGAAAGGAUAUCAAACAGUGCUACUGCGUCUCCACAACGCAGCUCAUGUGACCAUCUGCCUUUCGCUGAGGAGGGGAACCUGACCAUCAAACAGCGACCCAGGAUGACACUUGUCACCCACGCAGAUGCUGAUCUUAAGACUCCUUUUGAGGACCCACUCCAGAACCCAAACAGUCUGGAGGUCCCCGAGUUCAACCUGAAGGAGUCUGACACGGUGAAAAGACGGCACAAACAUAAGGACAGAGAUGCAUCCACGCCAGAGGAAGCUUCCACGCCCAACAGAGAUGACGUGAGGACAUUUAGCGACGAAGAACCUCAGAGAAACGUUUUCCAGAGAGUUGGCUCGGUGGGAAAAGGCCCGAAGCCUCCGGUGUUUUCGAAACCUUCCAGUCCUCUGAAACAACCCGUUAACAGCAGACCAACAACCCCACAGACAGCAGCCUCUCCACUACGAGCCAGCGCACAAACAGCCAUUCCUAAACUAACCAGCAUACAGGUUCAUACGGUCUCACCGAAGCUGGGUGGCAGCAUUCACACACACACCUCUAUACCCAGUCCUAAAGCUGGGAAACCUUCUCAGACGAUGGUGUCCAAGCCUGAGAGUCCACAGAAAGCUGCUGGUGUGUGUGCAUCUCCUCUAAGACUCCCUCAGCCCAGCAGGGCCUCGCCAUCAUCAGCGGCACCGAACUACAGCAUAGUCCAGAGUGUCGUGUUCACCGCUCCGUCCUCCCCCUCGCACUCCGCCUCGGCACUACACGGCCUGACUGGGAGAGCAGGAGCGGCUCAGCCCGGCGUGGCAGGUCUGGAGCUGCUGGCUCAGAAGAGGCUGGAGCAGACCAGCACGUCACUGGAGGCUGCUCUCAAAGUGGUGGAGAACAAACUGGCACAGGGGAGCGGUGUGGACAGCGGCAGCGGCAGCGUGAAGGCAGCAGGAAAUAUCCUGGACGACAUCAGCAACAUGUUUGACGACCUGGCCGACCAGCUGGACGCCAUGUUGGAGUGACUUCACGGCUUCUUUUCUCAAAGGGAGAAGGCAGAGAAAAAGAGAGAACAGAGAAAGUGGAGCUCAGAGCCGCUGCAGGACGAAUCAUUAAAGUGCACAUGUGAGGAUUCCCCCCCCCCUCCCCACCCCGACUUUUUUUUUUCUCAACGCGAGCACUUCGCCCGAGGACACACACCUGGGAAUGUUACCGGACAGCGGCUGCAGCAUCAGCCUCCGGACGAGUGUGUGUGUAUGUUCAGCACAUUAUCACUAAAAGGAAUGAGGGUCCAUUUUAUUCACGUCACCUGUAAAUAUAUAGAUACAUCUAUGGUGGCACUGUGUAUGUGUGUAGUCAGAUAUCUUUAUACUGAAUAUAUUUAUACUUCUAAAUGUUUGUUUUUUAACAAAUGGAGUUCCUAUUGACUGAUCCACUGUUUAAACCACUGGUGUAUAUUAGAAUUGUUAAAUACACUGGGGUCCAAAAGUUUGAGACCACUUUUCCAUUGUUACUCAUUGUCAAUAAGAUGGAAAAAUUCUGUUUAUCGUGGUAAAAGCAAUAUAUUCCAUAUAUGUAUGUAGCAGAUAUGUUUUUACCAAAGUCUGGGAUCCUCUGCUGCCGGCACAUUAAGAUGCUUCUGUGUGAGGAGGCGUCACUUCUUCAAAGCUCUGCUUCUUCCAGUGGUGAUUUAGGGUCCGUGGAGCUCAGCCCACCCCCCUAUAGUUUGCCUUGGGGUGCUGCGGAGGUGAACUUACUGUAAAUGUGCUGUUUCCAAAGAACGGGAGAUUCUCUCGAACACUUUCAGGGAAGGUCAACAUCCUGAACGAACAUGUUCACUUUUCAAACAUGACUCAACACUUUCAAAGACGGAGCAUCUAUAGAGGAGCUGAGUAUGCAGUGGGUCAUGUACCACCAGAAUAUGUAAA